AUGAAUAAGCGUAAAAGAUUUGAAGAGUUUACACCCAUUGGAGAGUCCAGAAUUAACGGUAGAAAUUCGCCUAGUACAGCUAAAUUAUCGCCGACGAAACAGUACAGAUCUAAUGGAAAAUUUGACCAUUCCUUCGAUGGUCCCUUGAGAAAGACUCCACGUAGAGAGCUGGAUGAUACCAUUAAUUCGAUGAACAAAUCAUUCAACGAUAUAUCGCAAUUUGAUGAAACUUUGCCGUUCAUCAAGGACGGUGACAAUAGCGAUGGCUUUGAUGAUGAAAAUAAUCCAAAGAUUAAUUUACUGCCGAGUUCUAGUGAAACCAUUGGUGCCAUUGCAUCUGAACCUAUGAGGGAAAGUAAAGAAAUAAUCGAGAAUUACAAGAAACAACUGUUUGAAAAGACUCGACAAAUGGAAGUCAUAUAUCAGAUGCUCAGAGAAACUAAUCCCAAUGAAGACUUGAGGAAAAUAAUAGAGUAUCAGACAGAAAUUAAUAUUUGGAAGGACAAAUAUAACGUUCUCGAAGUCAAGUUUACCGAUUUAUCUGAAAAGUUAGAUUCUACGAAAAAGGUUCACAGUGAUUGUGAACAAAAGAGGACCAGUUUAGAGGCACAGCUCAAACAAAAUCAAGUGGACUUUGAAGCGAAACUGAAUAACGUGAGCUCACAAUUCAAAGGCAAAGAAUCUGACAGCAGCGAUGAAGAAAUAUCAAAGUUGCAAGUGAAGAUAGACGAGUUACAAGCUAAAAUUAAGGAAUUAGAGACUCAAUUGCUGGAUGGCAACCAGUCAUUAGAUGAUUCCUUGACAAAAUUGAAAGAUGAAGUGGAUCAAAAGACACAGCAACUGAUUGAGCAAGAAGAGAAACAUAAAGAUGAAUUGGACCAAAGGACAAAACAACUCACUGAACUUGAGAAAAAGCAUGUGAAUGAAAUAUCAGAUUUACAAGCUCAAUUAACAGAAAAGCUGACUACUAUUAAUAACUUGGAAGAAAAUCUAAAAAAGAAUAACGAUGUUAUUAAAAAUUUUAAUACUGAAAACUAUAAACAUGAUAAUCAAGUAAAGGAUUUUAUUUCACAAAUAGAGGAACUACACGAUGACAAAAAGUCCCUUACAAGAGACCUUCAAAUCAGUAAGGAAAAGUUCAAUAAAUAUCGCGGUGAAAUGGAACGUAAAGUCUUUGAAUUGAAAACAAGUAAUGAAAGAACUACAGAAAAUGACGCUGAACAACUCGAUCAAAUUAAAAAAUUAUACGAAGAUCGUGUUAAUAAAUUACAAUCGAAAAACAACAGCUUACUAAAAGAAAUCGCUCAGCUUCAGACUAAAGAGUCUAAUGUUAAAAGUAAAUUGUCGGAAUUAGAAACCAAAUAUAGUAAAAAUACUAAACAAUUGACAAAAGACAGAAAUGAAGCAAAGGAUAGGGAACUUUUGGCCAAAAUGGAAGAAUUACAAAAGAAUGGAGCAGAAUUAAAUAAAGUAGAAAAAAAAUUACAAGAAACUGAAAGUGAAAAUAACAAAUUAAACAGUGAACUAUUUCAAAAAUCUCAAGAGAUUAGCAAGUUGUCAAAAGAACUAGAUGGUCUCAGUGGAGUAAAUUCUGAAUUAUUGGAAGAAAAUAAAUCUUUGAAGACAUCAGUACGAGAUAAAAUAGCUUUGAAGAAAGAAUUGAAAAAAUCACAAUCUGAAAUCAAAGAAUUGCAUGAAAAGAUUAUUUCAAGUGCAAGUAAAAAAUCACAGGAAAUUCUACAAAUAAUUGAAAACAAAGAUGAGGAAAUAAGAAAAUUAGAAAGAAAGAUUAGGGAUUAUGAUCAAAAAUUUAGUAAGGAAAGUGAUAUCAAAGAUCUGCAAAAUAAGUUGAAAGCAACUGAAAACGAAAAACUGACUUUAUUAGAAAGACAUGAGAAAGAAGUAGAAGAAUGGCGUCAUGAACUUGAUAAAUUGCAAGAAGAUGCUUCUCAAGUUGUAAAAUUAAAGGAAGACUUAAAUGACAAGAGUACUAAAAUUGAGGAACUCCAUGCUUCAUUAAUCAAACAUCAGAAGGAGAAUAGUAAGAUCAGAAACGAUAUGCAAAAGUUGACCGCUCAAUAUGGAGAAUUGAGGAAAUCAAUGAAUGAAUCCCAAAAAUUGAUCGAUGAAUAUUAUGAGUUGAAAUCGACUAGGCGUAAUGAAGAUUUCAAGCAGGAGGAAAAACUGAAUGAAUUAGAAAGAAAUUAUAAUUCCAAUUUACAAAAUUUGAAGAAAUAUGUUAAAUCGUUGGAAAAUGAAAAUACAGAAUUGGAACAACUAUUGAAAAACUUCAAGCAAAAUGAUAUUAGAAAUUCGAUCGAGACAAAAAUGUCUGAAACGAUGGAAUAUCGUUCAGAUUAUUAUAAACUCAAGUACAACAGAGAGGUUAAACGAAAUAAUGACCUGAAAAUACAGACAGAUUAUUUAAACCGUGUUAUCAAAGCCACUCUCGCAACAGCUAAGGCAGAUUUAGCAAAAUACAGAAAUUUAACAAGGUCAUUGGGAAUAGAAUACGGAGACAGUUAUCAUACUCGAUUUUAUCAGGAUACUAUGCGUCCAUCGUCUCAAAGAUCAAAAUUAAGAUUUAAAACUGUUGCUUUAUUUGUAAAAUCCUGUGUUCGAAUGAAACAAGUUGCGUUGAGGCACAGAAUUGAUGAAAGAAAGAUUGAUUACCUCAGAGAGAAAGCUAGAGGUGACGAUAGCUACAGGAGCUGGUAA